UUCUCUUUCCUUUCGCGCCGGUUGCCGCUGCGGAUCGUGGCGGGUCCAUGUGCGCAGUGAGCGGCGCUAUUCCUGGCCCAGUAGCACCCGAGCCCCGGGUUUGACUGUGUCCGCCCUGCGAUGGACCCCAACACCAUUAUCGAGGCCCUGCGGGGCACCAUGGACCCAGCCCUGCGUGAGGCCGCGGAGCGCCAGCUCAAUGAAGCACACAAGUCUCUGAAUUUUGUUUCAACACUGCUUCAGAUUACUAUGUCGGAACAACUGGAUUUACCUGUGAGACAGGCAGGUGUUAUCUAUUUGAAAAAUAUGAUAACACAGUAUUGGCCGGAUCGGGAAACGGCACCAGGGGAUAUAUCCCCUUACACUAUUCCAGAAGAAGAUCGACAUUGUAUUCGAGAAAAUAUUGUAGAAGCCAUUAUCCACUCUCCUGAGCUCAUCAGGGUACAGCUUACUACAUGCAUUCAUCAUAUCAUCAAACAUGAUUAUCCAAGUCGCUGGACUGCCAUUGUGGACAAAAUUGGCUUUUACCUUCAGUCUGAUAACAGUGCAUGUUGGCUAGGAAUUCUUCUUUGCCUCUAUCAGCUUGUGAAAAAUUAUGAGUAUAAGAAACCAGAGGAACGGAGUCCAUUGGUAGCAGCAAUGCAACAUUUCCUGCCAGUUCUAAAGGACCGUUUUAUCCAGCUUCUUUCUGAUCAGUCUGAUCAAUCUGUCCUCAUCCAGAAACAGAUUUUCAAGAUCUUCUAUGCUCUUGUUCAGUAUACACUACCACUGGAGCUGAUAAACCAACAGAACCUGACAGAAUGGAUAGAAAUUUUAAAGACUGUUGUGAACAGGGAUGUACCUAAUGAAACACUUCAAGUUGAAGAAGAUGAUAGACCUGAGUUACCAUGGUGGAAAUGUAAGAAGUGGGCUUUACAUAUCUUAGCAAGGCUUUUUGAAAGAUAUGGAAGCCCUGGCAAUGUUUCCAAGGAAUAUAAUGAAUUUGCUGAAGUAUUUCUGAAGGCAUUUGCUGUUGGUGUCCAACAAGUUUUAUUGAAAGUGUUAUAUCAGUACAAGGAGAAGCAAUAUAUGGCUCCUCGAGUUUUACAACAGACGUUAAAUUACAUUAAUCAAGGAGUUUCUCAUGCUCUCACCUGGAAGAAUCUGAAGCCUCAUAUACAAGGCAUUAUCCAAGAUGUUAUUUUUCCAUUGAUGUGCUAUACAGAUGCUGACGAGGAACUUUGGCAAGAAGACCCCUAUGAAUAUAUACGCAUGAAGUUUGAUGUGUUUGAAGAUUUCAUCUCUCCUACCACUGCUGCCCAGACACUUUUGUUUACAGCUUGUAGUAAGAGGAAAGAGGUACUACAAAAGACUAUGGGAUUUUGCUACCAGAUUCUUACAGAACCAAAUGCUGAUCCUCGAAAAAAAGAUGGAGCCCUGCAUAUGAUUGGCUCUUUAGCUGAAAUACUUCUGAAGAAAAAGAUCUACAAAGAUCAGAUGGAAUAUAUGUUGCAGAAUCAUGUGUUCCCUCUCUUCAGCAGUGAACUAGGCUACAUGAGAGCGAGGGCUUGCUGGGUCCUUCACUAUUUUUGUGAAGUGAAGUUCAAAAGUGACCAGAACCUGCAAACAGCCCUAGAGCUGACACGAAGAUGUCUGAUUGAUGAUAGGGAAAUGCCUGUAAAAGUGGAAGCUGCCAUUGCUCUUCAAGUGCUGAUCAGCAAUCAAGAGAAAGCUAAAGAAUACAUCACACCAUUCAUCAGACCUGUCAUGCAGGCUCUUCUUCAUAUUAUAAGAGAAACAGAAAAUGAUGAUCUUACCAAUGUAAUUCAGAAAAUGAUCUGCGAGUAUAGUGAAGAAGUUACUCCUAUUGCAGUAGAAAUGACACAACAUUUGGCAAUGACAUUUAAUCAAGUAAUCCAGACUGGGCCAGAUGAAGAAGGAAGUGAUGACAAAGCAGUUACUGCUAUGGGAAUCCUGAAUACCAUCGACACACUUCUUAGUGUAGUUGAAGAUCAUAAAGAAAUAACCCAGCAGCUUGAAGGAAUCUGCUUACAGGUCAUUGGAACUGUUUUACAACAGCAUGUCUUAGAAUUCUACGAGGAGAUCUUCUCUUUAGCACAUAGUUUGACAUGUCAACAAGUGUCUCCACAGAUGUGGCAGCUACUACCUCUGGUAUUUGAGGUUUUUCAGCAAGAUGGCUUUGAUUACUUUACAGAUAUGAUGCCUCUGCUUCAUAAUUAUGUAACAGUUGAUACAGACACACUUCUGUCUGAUACCAAGUACCUUGAAAUGAUAUACAGUAUGUGCAAAAAGGUUCUUACAGGAGUUGCAGGAGAAGAUGCAGAAUGUCAUGCAGCAAAAUUGUUAGAGGUCAUCAUUCUGCAGUGCAAAGGGCGUGGCAUUGACCAGUGUAUUCCCUUAUUCGUGGAAGCAGCUUUAGAGAGACUGACAAGAGAGGUGAAGACAAGUGAACUUCGAACAAUGUGCCUACAAGUGGCCAUUGCAGCUUUGUAUUAUAAUCCACACCUACUUCUCAACACCUUAGAAAAUCUUCGCUUCCCUAAUAAUGUUGAACCAGUUACAAAUCAUUUUAUUACACAGUGGCUUAAUGAUGUUGAUUGUUUCUUGGGGCUUCAUGACAGAAAGAUGUGUGUUCUGGGCCUAUGUGCUCUUAUUGAUAUGGAACAAAUACCACAAGUUUUAAAUCAGGUUUCUGGACAGAUUUUGCCAGCUUUUAUUCUUUUAUUUAAUGGAUUAAAAAGAGCAUAUGCCUGCCAUGCAGAACACGAGAAUGACAGUGAUGAUGAUGAUGAAGCUGAAGAUGAUGAUGAAACGGAGGAACUGGGGAGUGAUGAAGAUGAUAUUGAUGAAGAUGGACAAGAAUAUUUGGAGAUCCUGGCUAAGCAGGCGGGCGAAGAUGGAGAUGAUGAAGACUGGGAAGAAGAUGACGCUGAAGAAACUGCCUUGGAAGGCUAUUCCACGAUCAUUGAUGAUGAAGAUAACCCUGUUGAUGAGUAUCAGAUAUUUAAAGCUAUAUUUCAAACUAUACAGAAUCGUAAUCCUGUGUGGUAUCAGGCUCUGACUCAUGGUCUUAAUGAAGAACAAAGAAAACAGUUACAGGAUAUAGCAACUCUAGCUGAUCAAAGAAGAGCAGCCCAUGAAUCCAAAAUGAUUGAGAAGCAUGGAGGAUACAAAUUCAGUGCUCCAGUUGUGCCAAGUUCUUUCAAUUUUGGAGGCCCAGCACCAGGGAUGAAUUGAGUUAUACCACUUUCCUGCAGUGUGAUUGUAGUGAAGAGCUUGUGUUCCUCCUAGUAGCGGUUCCAGAACUGGUUCACGUUAUCCACUCUAAACUAAUUGAUCAAUAGAUGGACAAAAAAACCCCAGGAGGUGGGACCUGAUCAUGCAACUUGGCACUGAAAAUGAAUCCAGAGGGAUUUUGGCGGGGGAGGGAGGUAACCUGGGGGGCAGGGAGUAUUUUCUUUAUUUUUUGAAGAAAGUAAGAUUCUGACUGAAAGUUCAAGUGACACUGUGGAAAUCUGCAACAAGAGGGGAUGUCAUGAAGGCAGCUUUUCUUUUUCUGAGGAAAAAAUAGGCAUGGGCUACAGGACUAUUUAAAAUGUCUCAUUUACAGUAUAAGCUCAGAGGUAGAUGUAAUUUUUACACCUAUGAGUAUUGUCCAAUUUCUGUCUCUUCCUCACCAUUGGGUAUCUAUUCUUUAUAUGUAAAUAAGAUAAGGUAAUCGAUAGCCUUAUUCAAUCUUCAUCAUUUUCAUCAUCAAAGAUUGUUCCUAUGUAGAUUAUUGGACAUUUAUUGUAGCACUACAUAACUGAUUAAAAGAAAAAUCUGUAAAUGAAUUAGCACUUUCAUAUUGAAACAAGCCUGCUAGCCUAUGUAUAAAAUAGCAAAAUGUUUGCUGUUUAUAAAAAGAUGGGAUGUAAUGGGGUGGGGGGCAGGGGUAAUUUCAAGUUAUUAAUUUAAAAAUGAACUAGCAAUUUUGUACCUGGUGACUUUGUGGUGCACUCACCUCUGAUAGUGACUUGAAUUCGGUAUGUUAAAAGGGGUUAGUGAUAUUUCAUUGCUGCUAAAAAUGGCAACUCCCUCUGUGUCCUGUUUUUUCUUAAAGCUCUCAGUGUACAAGUGGAUAUUUGGAUACAAGACCUUACUGUAACAAAUAGGAAAGAUGAUAUUUGAAGCAUGUAAAUUGGAUAUAAAGUUCUACUCUUAAAGAGUUGAUAAAAGAGUAUGGCUAAACAUCUAUAUAUGCAAUCUAUUAAAAUAACUUAAUUCGGCUAUUAUGUCUUCAUUUGAUUGCAGUUUUUUCCUAAUUAUAAAUUUUUUCCUCAAUGAUCUGUUUUUAUCCUGUACCUAGAAAGAAUAUAAAAUGUAUACUUUUAAAAUUGACAUUUAACACCUGCCCACCUCCCUUUUCCCAUCUCCUCUCCCCCUCUUGUUGAUGGUGGUAUCUGGUCUUAGAUAGGCUGAAGGCACAGGGU